AUGAAAUUUAUAUAUUUAGUCAUUUUGGGAAUAGUCAUUGUAGAAAGUCGAAACUCGUUCACUUUUUCAAUGAAUGCAGCCGAUAUUUAUAAUACAACAUUGUAAUUUAGAACAGAUGCACUUGUUAGUUAGAUUAGUCUUAGAUGUGAUGUAAAGUAAUUCAUAAGUCUUAGAAUCUUUAUUAUGAUGCUUGGAGUUCAGAGAAGUAUAGUUAUCUUGAAGUAUCUCCAGAGCAAAGACGAAGUUUUGGGUGUUCUGACACCAACUUCACUAUUACACUAUCCAAUGAUCUCACUAAGGAGGUUGUCUUGGUCUCAGUUUAUGAUGCUUAAUAUUACAGAGAGAUCUCAAGAUUCUAAUUUUUAUCAGACAACUCCUAUGCUCCUGUAACUUCUUUGAUCGAAAACUCUGCUUAAUUAUCAUCUUUUAGUUCGAAAAAUAACGACUUUAAUAUUACUCUAUAUACUGCUUCGACAAUCUUUUUAGAGGUUUUUAAGUGUGAAAAUUCAUACAGUUCACUAACUAUAAAAGGUUAUGAUUCUAACUAUCUUAUCCACAACUUGACUAAGAUGAGUACUAAGGAUGCCUUUUAUGACAUAUAAUAGGCCGAUUAAGGAGUCUAUUAUUAUAGAUUGUCUUAGAAUUCCUACAAAUACCCUGAUGUGUUUAUUAAAGUAAUUUAAUAAAAUAUUUAUUUAGUAUUAAACUGCUCCUUUUUUUUCUAUUGACUAAUAGAAGAUCAAGGAAUACGGUGACGUAUAUUACAGUGCCAGUGGAUAUGUAAGCUAAAGGAAAAUACGAGUCUCAAUCCCUGCUAUUUAUGUUACUAAUAAUGAAAAUGUUGAAUAUCAUGUUGUGGUGAGUAGGGAUUCUUAUGAGGGCAACUACAUGAGCUGUAUCUAUGGGGAUUAUAGUCUUUAUUAUUCAUAUGGAUAAACCUAUUCCUCUCAAUUAAGAACUUUCUAUUAGUAAAAAAAUUAUGGCACCUAAGAAGUUGAAGUUGAUUUCCCCAAUUCAGAAACUGGAUGGUUUAAUGUUAGAGUCACUGCAAUAGUGGAUCAUGGAUAUAUUAAAUAGACAAUUACAUACAACAAAUUUAGAGUCUAUUAGGAUUAUGAGACUUUCCCAAGCACUUUAUUGGUUCACAUUUUAGCUCCCAUCAUCAUUUCCUGUAUUGCUUUAAUAGGCUUGAUUUUUGGAGCCUGCAAGUUUUCAGCCAAAAAGAAAUAGAUGCAAUAAAUGGAGUUAUUACAAUAGUAUUAAAGCAACAUAAACCAUAACAUUCAAAUCCAAAAUCCUUAAUAUUGAUUACGAUAAAAAUACAAUAUUUAUAU